GAAAAAGAGAUACGAGGUAGUGGUCAGUCGUCUAGCUACUACAACAACAACAUUCCUUCUUGUGUACUUACUCUUAUUGCCGAAGAAAUCGGACGGUUUUUUGGUUAUCAUGGAGGCAGAACAAGAGAUCAAGACGAUGAAACUAUAUCAUGAUGUUGAAAGAAUUUAUAAAGAAUUGAAAGAGCUUGGGUAUAGUAUGACUGACCCAUUGAAAGUUGAAGAUGUAUCUAAAUUUGAUGAAUAUCACUAUUAUGGAACGAGUGCUGUGAUGGAAUGCAUCAAAAGGCUUGGAUUAAGUUCCUCACAUAAAGUACUUGAUUUUGGAUCUGGCAUUGGUGGUCCUGCMYGAUUUCUUGCUUCUCAAACAAAAUGUCAAGUUCUUGCUUUGGAACUUCAGCCAGACCUGGACAAAACAGGCUUGGACCUKACURCAAGGUGUGGUCUAAGUGACUUGGUGACACAUAAGUGUGGAGAUAUAUUAAAGACUGAUUUGCAAGAUGCAUCUUUUGACUUUCUCAUAAACUGGUUGGUCAUCCUUCACAUCGAAGAUCGCAAAACUCUCUUCAACAACUGCUUCAAACUACUCAAGCCUGGUGGAAAGAUCUAUUCUGAAGACUUCUAUAAACUAAGUGACUUUGAGUCAGCUGAAAUAAAAUCAUUACUGGAGGACGUGUAUGCCCCUUACCUCCCCUCAAAGGAUGAGUAUAUUAAACAGAUGAAGGAUGCUGGGUUCACARAUAUACAGUUUGAGGAUUUGACCGACUCUUGGAGAACCUUCGUAAACGGUAGAUACAACAGCUUCAUUGCUGCAAAGGAGCGACAUGUGGGCGUUCUUGGCCAAGAGACAUAUGAUGCACUCUUUUACUUCUACAGU